UCGAUAAUAACGCUGGAAAAAAAAAAACGAAAAAUGAUAAAUAAAUUUAUCGGGCAGUAGUUGAGCGGUACUCUGCAGAAAGUUCACUGAAUUUUUUGUUUUCUUUCCCAUUUAAUCGUUCAGCGAAAAUAACAUUUUAUUUACACUAUACGUUCAUCUGAGUGCACAAUUUGUUGUAAAGAUUUUUGUUGAUAUCGAAUAGUUCGAUAACUUUAUCGCCGAAUUGGUAAUAGGUGUAAUUGAAUAAUAUCCAGGUGAAAAAAAAAUGCAGAUGAUUCAUUAGAGAAGUAGACUAUGAUUUUAGAUUUCUUAUUUUGCAACCUUUAUGGCGCUGAACUAUGUAGGUUCCAUGUCGUUACAUAAAAUUUUUUCAUCUAUUCUUUUUCGUAUGUUCUUAUAUUAUACCUGAUAAUUUCUGACACGAGUAUCAGCUACAUAAAGGUUGAGAAGAAUUAUGGCAAUUAGGGUAUUAUAGAUUUCUUAGGUCUGCGUACGUCAUCGUCUGUUUAUCCGAUGAACUGUAAGAAGACAUUGGAAAUUUUUUGAUAACUUUUUCUUUUACGAGUUCGGUAAUAUUAUUUGAAAUUUGGAUCAGAUUAACGUUAUCAACGUUGAAAAUUUUACCCAUAGAAAUUCAUGAACCACCGUACAAAAAUGAUAUUGUUUUAAUCGUCAUUGUUAUUACCAUACGGUACCGCAUCUAUAUAAUUGAUGUUAAAUAUGAACAGUUAAAUCAAUAAUUCACUAACAAAGUAACAAUAUGAAACAGUGGCUGUGUUUCCAAACCCGAAACUCGGUAAGAAGAAAUAUUACUUGCGGUUGGUUGGCAACACAACCUUAUACUGAAGCAUCUGGUCGGCCUCGAUUAUUAUACAAAUGUGUACGUCUUUUAAAAAUGACUUAAUUAUACGAAAAAUAAAUAAAUAAAAUAAUAAAUAAAUAAAAAGAAAUAAUUAUCUAGAAAUGCGAUUGACAAGAUGCUCCAAUAAAUAACGACAUGUAAACAAUGAUGGAACUUUCUACAUAACAAAUGUAUGUCUAUAAAAUUGAUGAAUAAACUUGAUUUUUGUAAAAACGAAAUAUACAGAGGUAUGUAAAAUACAUAAAAAUACAUAUAUUAUAACGAAUCCGAAUAAAUAGAGAUCAACUGUAACGGUUUACCUUUUCAUCACUAUAAGUUUCAUAUUAUUUUUGGGACAAGAACGAAAUAAUAUGUGUAUACUGUCAUUGCUGUAAGUAAUAUGUAAUAUUACAGACACUUUGGCGAUGCAGUAAAUGAUGAACGAGGACAUGAAUAUUUGUAUACAUAAAAAAUUAUCAGAUCAGUCGUAUGGUUGCAUUUCAAAUAAUGUUUGAACAAUGGUGGGUAUAACUUAUCUUGAAUGAUAUAUCGUCGAUCGGGACCCCGAGUCGGUCUAUGGAGACGGUUUCGGGAGAAGAAUGAAAGGUCUCCACCUUUCAGGAAUGUUGAUUAUUUCGUAUAAUCACCGAAUUUAUCCGAUAUUUGCCGAUUCCCUUCCUAGACCUCUACUACGCGGUGCCCAUCAGGCUCCCAUAAUUAUCAUUAUCUAUUAGGUAGAUUCUCGAAAAAUGUAAAUUAUGCGGAAUUUUUCUGACUAAACUAACUCUUGUCAACUAAUAUCGAGGCAACGUUCUAUGGUCAUUUACCUUGUGACUCUACGACAGUACGAUUAAAUUAAUUGAGUCAGGUGUGCAACCGUAAUUUCAAUGCAUUGUACGCGUUAAUUAAAGCCCACAAUGAAGCUAUACAUUCUCCAAAUAAUUGAUUACGAUUCGAAUGAAUUUUAUUAUCAUACGUGAAAUAUAGGUCAUCGCCACAGGCGUGGUACCGAUCGGUUGUCCAAAUUUCGUAAAAAUUAACCGUGGCAAUAUUUGUGUUGACAUUAAAAUUAGAUAAAUUGAUUCUGAUCUGGAUCUCAACAGUUUUCAAACAUCCAUUGAACUGUAGUAUUUGAAAAAUCAUCGUAGCGAGUAGAAGAGAAAUACAUAGGCAUGGCUUACGAUGACGUGAUCCAAUAUAUCGGGGAGAAUCGACGUUUUCAAUGGAAAUCGUAUUUUCUUCUAUGUCUACCAGUAAUGUGUUGUGCUUUUCAUGAAAUGGGUGGUAAAUUUUUGUCGGCUAAAGCAGAUUUUAGAUGUUCGCUGCCAACGGAAAAUGUAGAGAAUGCAACUUUCCUGCCGUCAUCCGAUGCAAUGAAUAUUGCUCAUCAACUGCGACUUGACGUGGAAACGUUGCCGCAAUGCGAAAAAUACGACUUUGAUUUUUCGGAUAUUCAUAAUACUUCCAGUCUAAGGAGUUCGGAAAUGAAUGCCACUGAACCAUGUGCCUCUUUCGUUUAUGAUAAAUCACAGUACACGAACACCGCUACGACAGAAUGGAAUCUGGUGUGUGAUAGAGCAUGGAUGAGGGUUUUAAGUGACUCGCUGUUCAUGGGGGUAUCAGUAGUUGGUGGUUUAGUUAUUGGGCGAUCAUCCGACAGAUACGGGAGGAAAGUAACGUUCAUUGUGGCGUUAAUUAUUCAACUCGUUAGCGGAAUCCUCGUUGCUGUUUCUCCCGAAAUCAUCUCUUAUACGAUCUUCAGAUGUAUCGUGGGGGCAACAGCCAGUGGGGUAUUCCUCGUGUCUUAUGUCAUGGCGCUGGAGAUGGUUGGACCAGCCGAUAGAAUGGCGGCUGGAACGGGUUGUCAGUUUUUUUAUUCAUCUGGAUACCUUUUGAUGUCUGGAUUAGCAUACGGAAUUCGUGAUUGGCGUAUUCUUCAGAUGGCUUUCACUAUUCCGAGCGUUGCCUUUCUUGGAUAUUGGUGGUGUAUUCCCGAAUCCAUACGGUGGCUGUUGUCUCGCGGUCGACAGAAGGAGGCGGAGGUUUUGCUCCAAAAGACGUUAUUGCGAAAGGGCACAAAAUCUUUUGACAAUACGCUGGAACAUUUACUGAAUCAGGAAAACGAAGCGAUGCAAAAAGACAUUGAAAGUUCGUCGAUGUUCGAUCUUCUUAAAUAUCCAAACCUCAGGCGAAAAGUACUAUUGCUUUCAAUAGGGUGGUUUGUGAACAAUCUAGCGUAUUACGGACUGUCUUGGAGUACAUCUGAUCUUGGUGGUGACGAUUAUGUCAACUGCGCAUUUUCUGCUUUAGUAGAAAUGCCAGCCGAAGCAUUUGCUUAUUUCACUGUAAACAGAUGGGGAAGGAAAAUUGUUCUGUGCGGUAGUAUGUUAGUCUUCGGGACAGCCUUACUUCUUACUCCAUGCGUACCUGAUGAUAUGCCAUGGAUGGUGACCGUCUUGGCAAUGUUCGGAAAAAUGACGAUAACAACUUCGUACGUUACAGUUUCCAUAUUUGCGGCGGAACAAUUACCUACUCAAAUAAGAAAUUUAGCAAUGGCAGUUUGUUCGACAGCUGGCAAUCUCGGUGGAGUUGUUGCCCCGUAUAUAAAUGACUUGGGUGGAGUUUGGACGCCACUUCCGUUAAUAAUUUUUGGAUCAUGUUCGUUGUGCGCCAGCUUAUCGAUGUUGUUCCUCCCAGAAACAUUAAAACAAAAAUUGCCAGAAUCCAUACGAGAGGGUGAAAACUUUGGAAGGAACAUGGGUAUUGAAGCUGACGGAGAACCAAUGAUGAGGUUGAACCUCGCAUCAAAUUGCGUCCAGGUUACUCAAUCUACGGAAUGACCGAAAAUUGAUUACGGGUGUCUUUGUUGAUUGAAGACUAAAAUAUGAACAACUUUUUUGCCCAGAUCGUGUCUCAGUUUCUCGACAUUAGCUGUAUUAAUUGUAAGACAUAGUAGGUUUUUAGACGAGCGCAAAGUAUAAGUUUUUGUUCUAAGAUGAAUUGUGGUUUAAACUUAAACUCUUAUCGAAUAAAAUAACAUCGUUCCUUGUAUUUCAAGUAAGAUCCGACCCCAAGAGAUACCAUGCGACACCGAUUUUUAAAGCAUGUGUUUUCCAAAGUCUUUGCCGCAAUAUCGAUCGGGGUUUAUCAAUGGAACCUGUGUUGAGGAUUUUUUGAGUAAGAUUAUACUAAAACUCAGACGAAACUAAGUUUAUAACAACAAGAAAAUUCAUUUCG